AUGAGCUCUUGGGAAGAAGAACAAAGUAGAUUAUUGAAGCUGUGGAAUGAAGUAUCUAGUGAUUCUGAUUUGGAGGCAGGAAGUGAAUCUGAAGAUGAUAUAGUUCAGCAAUCAGAUCACAAUUCCGCAUCUGAAGAAGAUGCAGAAGAUUUGGAUACAAACAAAGCGGCGGAUAAAGUAACUCCUGAAUAUUUCAAUGAACCAGGAACAUCUACAUCUUCUGAACCAUCGGAGGCAUCAGCUGAAUCAUUGCGAGAUCUCGAUUCUUCAAAAAGAACGGGAAAGUCCAAGUUCUUUGUAGGAAGAGAUGGAAAAACCAAGUGGGCAAAGGAGUGUCCAAAAAAAUCCGUUAGAACUCGACAAGAAAAUUUAAUCACUCUUUUACCUGGGGUACGGAAUAAUGCCAAGCAUUGUAAAUUGACUAGUGAAUGUUGGGAGCUGUUCAUAGAUGAUUUGAUGGUAGCUGAUAUUGUAAAAUAUACUAAUAUAAAACUAAAUGUAGUUGCUGAAAAAUAUAACAGCCAACAUAAGUAUAUCGUCAAGCCAACAGAUGUAGAUGAAAUCAAAGCAGUGUUUGGACUGUUGUACCUGGCGGGAGUUUAUAAAGCCAAUAGACUAAAUCUAGAGUAUCUAUGGGCCACAGACGGAACGGGAGUAGAGGUUUUCAGACUAACGAUGUCUAUGCAAAGAUUUGUUUUACUUUUACAAUGCCUCAGAUUCGACAAUAUCGAGACCAGAGAACAAAGAAAGCAAAUAGACAAACUUGCUGCCAUACGUGGUAUAUUCGACCGAUUUGUGUCGAACUGUCAGCAGUACUAUAUUCCCAGCCAAUAUGUAACAAUAGAUGAAAAAUUGGAAUCAUUCAGGGGGCGAUGUCAGUUCAGGCAAUAUAUGCCAAAUAAGCCUGCAAAAUAUGGCAUUAAAAUAUUUGCAUUAGUCGAUGCCAAGACUUUCUAUGUGCUGAAUUUAGAAGUGUAUGUUGGAUCCCAACCUGAAGGCCCCUUUCAAGUAAGCAACAAGCCAUUUGAUUUAGUUGUCAGACUUGUUCAACCAAUAAGUAGAACAAACCGAAAUGUUACGUUUGACAACUGGUUUACUAGCAUACCUCUUAUGAAGUAUUUGCUAACUGAACACAGGUUAACCUCAGUUGGAACAAUUCGCAAAAAUAAGAAAGAGAUACCAGCUGCUUUUUUGGUGUCUAAAAAUAGGGAAAAUAGCGAGCCGAUUUUUGGGUUCCAGAAGGAUGUGUCCUUGGUUUCACUCGUUCCAAAGAAAAACAAAAUUGUCUUAGUGGCUUCUACACUCCACCAUGAUGAUACAUUCGAUGCAGAUACAAGAAAACCUGAAAUCAUACAUUUUUAUAAUCAGACAAAAUGUGGUGUCGACGUGGUUGAUGAAAUGUCUGCAUUGUAUAACGUUUCCCGUGUCCCUAAAGAUAAUAGUCAAGAGGCGUUAGGUCUGACGACCUUGGAGGCCAGAGAACUGGACCUCCUCUUGCAAUCCACCGAUUAG